CGGACUCGCGCUAUAAUCAACUCGUCUGCCAAAUUGUCAUCCUCGCGGUAGUUUUUAUUUAUAGAAAUCUAAAGAAAUGGCUUAACAUUAACAGUUGACAAACGUGAUAACAACGAAAUUUUCGAAUAACCUACCAGAGAUAAAAUAUUUCGGGUGGACUCUUCAAUGGCUAACAAAAAAGAGGAAUCAAACCCCGAAAGAUGUGGGAAAUCAAGGAUUCCAUCUAGACAAUGGAUAAGCCAAAAAAUGAAAGACCUCUGGGGAUUUGGAUUGGACGAGAUAACGAAUUAUGAAAGAUUCGUUGAAUUUCUUUACAGACCAACUGAUGCAGCAAGUCUCGGAGUGGCUCGAGCACUGUUUGGUUUGUGUAUGGUGAUUGAGAUAGUAGAAGAACGAGGAUUAUCAGACAUUGAAUUAAAAUGGAGAGGCGCCCACGCCUGUCACUUUCCGUUGAUUCAUGGCAUGAAGCAGCCCUCAUUACCCCACAUGAUUGCCCUUUAUACUUUGAUGUUGUUGGGAGCUUUCGGAAUAAUGCUCGGAUUUUUCUUUAAACUCUCCUGUGCCAGUUUUGUCAUACCCUACUGGUACAUUUUUAUUCUUGACAAGAGCUUCUGGAACAAUCACUCGUAUCUCUAUGGCCUUGUCUCAACACUAUUCUGGGGAACAGGCGCCAAUCGUUACUGUGCAUUAGACUCGAGUCUACAACCCAAGAACCAAGCGAGUGUGCCCUUGUGGAACUACUUCAUUCUAAAGUGUCAAUUUUUUCUACUAUAUUUCUUAGCUGGAUUGAAGAAAUCUAGCAGAGAGUGGUUGGAAGGCUACUCUAUGAUGAAUUUGUCAGAGCACUGGAUCUUUAAUAUUUUCAAGCUCUUCUUGACAACUGCACAGAUCGAUUUCUUGAUUAUCCACUGGUUUGCUUUCAUCUUCGAUUUAACAAUUGGCUUCUGGCUGCUCUUUGAAAAGACGAGAAUUCCUGGUAUGAUCUUCUGUGCAGCAUUUCAUUUGAUGAAUUCAAGGCUUUUCAGCAUCGGAAUGUUUCCCUAUGUGUGUCUAGCAACAAUGGGACUAUUCUGUCAUGUCAGCUGGCCAAGGAGGAUAAUUUCCUCAUUAAUAGCCUUAAGAAGUUCUGCAGUAAGGGAAAAAAAUCAACUGAUUACAUGCUCUACCUCCAAAAAAGAAGAAAUGGACGACUCAGACACUAAAAACAGGAGUAAAAAUGACAAAAAUGCCAUCAGUACUUGGAUGCCAAAAUCCAUUUUACCAAAAGACAGAGUAAAACUGAAAACUUUUAAAAAGAAACAGAAGAUUGUUGUUUUUUUCUUGCUUCUCCAUAUAAUUCUUCAAGUCUUCCUUCCUUAUUCCCAUUUCAUAACAAAAGGAUAUAACAAUUGGGUAUCAGGACUGUACGGCUAUUCUUGGGAUAUGAUGAUCCACAACUGGGACACAAUUCUCGUUGUAGUGAGAGUCCAUGACAAUGAGAACAGCAAGGAUUAUUUUAUUGACCCUCAAGCCUGGGUGCAAAAUGAAAGGUGGUCAAAGCAUCCAGACAUGGUGAUUCAAUACGCCCAGUGUAUUAAAACCCAAUUAUUGAAAACAAAACAACAGGUCCUGAGGGGAGCAAAAAGAGCCAAAGACAUAACUGAGUGGUCAAAAUUGUCAUCAAAUCUGAGUAUUUACAUUGACGUCAGAUGUUCUCUAAACAGUAGAUUUCAGCAGAGAAUGUUCGAUCCCAAUAUUGAUAUGUUGCAGGCUGAGUGGCAUCCAUUGAAACCUGUCAGUUUUCUAAUGCCUCUCUUAACUCAAUAUAACACAUAUAGAGAGAAAAUGGAUGAAAUAAUACAGAACGUUUACACAUGGUCUAAUUACACUGACGUUCUUUUUGUAGCUGACUAUCCGAGCAUGAGCAUGGAAAACUACUUCACCAAUGAUUUUUCCAAUAUAACGUUGACAGUUUUAGAAGGUCAAGUAAUCUAUUCGGAGGAGAAUUUGUCUGACAUAACUACUAUUGACAAGAAUUACAGAAUGUCUGUCACUGCGGCUAAACUCCAUAAAAUCACAACAAUUAGCGAUUAUCCAUCCUGCUAUAUGUACACGUAUAACAAUCAAACGAAGGAAAACAUGACGAUGAAUGGGAUAUCCGAGCCCCCGCAAACAAGAAUUCAAUUACCGUUUAUCAAGGAGCUAAGAUACACACUAAACGCCUGUUGGAGAGCUGUUGGCCACAUAGCGAAUGCGUUCUUCUAUAUUGUUUAUGAUAUACCAAUGGGUCGUCGAGUGUCAAGAGAACUCAAUUACUAUGAAGACUAUUAUGAAUAAUUAUUAAUUUGAUUAAUGUUUGUCAUUAUUUCGCAUGUCAUUUUAAAUAUACCCAGUAAUGUGAUUUAUAACAAGACUGAUUGCGCU